GGAUCAUCUCAAACAGAUCAAAAGCAAUCUACAAGGUCAUUCAAUGUCAGCUAUGACCAUAUCGUAAACAAACCCUGCGUUCGUUCCUCAAACCAGCUAGAAUACUCGUAGGAUGUCGAGCCAAGAGAGCGAUCUGUACCCGGACGAAGGGGACGAUCUCGUCAUGGCCUUCCUCGAGCAGGAAGCUGAAGUCGAAGCUCAAUGUCAAGGUCAGGAUCAAGCGAAGCGGGGAUCGCAAUCAGGAAAGACAAUGAAACGAGCGAGGACGAGGAGCGCUUCUCCUGAGCCGGACAUGAUCAACCCGCACACUAUGGGUCUCAAAGUCGAGGGCAAGGUGGAUACAGAGGCUCCCGACAGUAGAUCGAAGAAAAGGAGAAUGGAGAGAUCUCCUUCGAUCGAAGUACUCGAGGUCAGGACAACAAGCACGAGCACGAGAAAGAGCAAAGCACAAAUCAAGGAAAAGGAAAAGAAACCAACUAUCAAGCGAGAACAACCCCCACCCUCUUCCUCUCACCCAUCCUCAUCUUCCUCCUCUUCCGCGCCGAUCAUCAUACUCGAACCCCCCAUAGCUUGGCCUCCGGGCAAGAUGACCUCUGCGGAGGGUAUCAAACAAGCUCAUACGGUGCACCGAAAGUACCUGGCCGCGUCUUCGUCUUCGGGUCCUUCUCCUUCAAGUGUCGUUUCUUCUUCUUCUUGUUUGGCCGCCGUCCCAACCGGGAUGAAGAAGAGCAUGGGGGAUCCUAGUUCUACUUGGAUCUCGAGGACGAGAACGCAGAUCAAGCAUGAACAACCGCCUCAAUCCCAAAAUUAUCAAUACCAGCCGACGAUGGUCAAGAUACAUCCUUCAAUGACAGGCGAAUCGAGCCAGACGACCCUGACCCCCCAGCUGGACGAAUUCGACGAGGACGAGAACAACCCUUCAGCCAUCCAUAAGCCUUUGAACAGAUCCAAAUCGAAGUCCAAGGUGAAAAAGGAAGAACAAGAAGAAGAUUUCGUCGUCACCAGGGAUUCGAAAGGAAACCUAACAGAAAAGGCUCGAAGAGCGCUGGAUAAGAAGCUGUUGGAGAGUUUGGGGAGGGAGGAGAAUGCGAUUACGAAUUCCGACUUGUAUUCCCGGACGCAACACAUCAUCUCGGCUGCCUCGGGCCACCAAGUCUCUAACCGCGGAGGAGCCAAGUACAGCAUCUCGGGCAAAGAUUAUAAUACGUCGAGAAACCAGAAGUUGAAACAACAGUUUACCGCUGCCGUCGUCAAGCCUGGGGAUGAUACUGGAGCGGGAAGUGAAAAUGCGGUUGGAGCGGAUUCGGGAGGAAAGGCGGUCAAGGAGACAUUUGUCGUGCAGAGUAGGAUCUUUGAUGGGUUGACGAUGUGGUUGAACGGGUAUAGUGGGAAUAAGAUUACGGAUAUGGAGCUCAAGAAGCUCAUCGCUGUGCAUGGCGGGACCAUCAGCAUGAACGAAGGAUCCAGGAUCACGCACGUCCUGGUAUCCGAACGGAUCUCGGGGACAAAGGCGGAAAAGUUCUUGAAGGGAGCGACCAAGGCGUAUACGAAGAAUGGCAAGAAAAAGGUCGUCUUGGUCGACUGUGAGUCGGGGAGGAGCUAUUGUUGUUUUGCCUUUUUUGGGUACAAUUCAUUUUUGGUACACUAUGCUGACGCCAUGUAUGGGAAACGUUUCGCAGGGGUACUCGAUUCGGUCAAACAAGGCAGGAGACUGGGUGAAUCGGCUUACAAUGUGAUCGAGAACGAAGUCAGUGCCGUAGUCCAGCGGUAGCGACUAGCCGGGACCAGUGCCACUGAUCGAUCACUGUACUGACCGUGUCUUUGGUCGUUGUUUCCAGUCCCAGCCAACAAUCGUUUCCAAGUU